UUGUGACUGUGACACGUUGCCUAGAAGUCGAUCAGCACAUUGGCUGUCUGCUGAACAUAUAUUGAAUCUACUAAUCGACAACGAUGCUAGAAGAAGACCACAUACAAAGACUAAACGCGGAGGAUAUGUUGCAGUCGUACGUCUCCGACACUCUGGACUACUUUGACACAGUGACCGACUUCUGUAACGAAAACUCCAAAUGGAGGCUCGAGAGGGAGACAGAGCUGGAGCUGAUGAGGGACAUCAAGGAGAGGGCCAGUCGACUGAACCGUGGGUUCCUCCAGGUGUUCAAGUCUACAGAAAAAGUCAAAGCCUUCUGGGAAUACCUUCGCACCAAGAGUUCAGGCUCUAAACGCGAGGAGCUGGAGAAAGAGCUCGCUACUGUGCUGAAGAACACUCUGGAAAGAGUGAAGAAGCUCACCUACUUCCUGGAUGCUGUGGAGAAGCUCGCAGUAACUUCUCUGCAGGUGUUCACGGGCGGAGAAGAGGUGGUGAAGCUGUCUCUGGGGAUCAGCCUGGAGAGCGUGAAGGACAUCAUCUCAGCUGCCCGGCUGGUCUGUCCUCUCCUCCUGCACUUCAAGAGAGAUGCUGAGGUCUUCUUCACGCCCAGCCUCCACAACGUGGCCGUCUUUGCGGCUGAGUUGGACAAAUACAUCCGCACCACUAAGAUUAUCUGUAAAACGAUUGACGCAAGCUUUACUGUCGGCUUCGGGCACAAAAGACGCCGCCAGCCUUUGGUUGAGUUUGCGGAGGAUCUCACGGAGGAAGACCUGCAGAACACCCUGGCCCACGUCAAAGCCCUCUCCAGUCUCAGGAGGGACCAGGACUUCAGACUGGUGUUCUUAUUCCAGGAGAAGCCAGUCUCCGGCUUCGUCGACCAGUUCAGCGAGUGUCGUCCCAGAAUGCUCCAGUUCCUCGAUGAGAUGGAGGGCUGUGCCGUCCAGCUGGACCGGAUGAGCAUGGGCUCCAAGAUCUCCACGGUGGCUGGGAGCUCAGUGGGGGCCGUGGGGGGGAUUCUGGCCAUCGUGGGUCUGGCUCUAGCCCCGGUGACAGCUGGGGUGUCUCUGGGUCUGACCAUGGGGGGGGUGGGUCUGGGGGUCACCAGUGGUGUAAACAGUGUAGUCACCACAGUAACGGAGAUAGCGGUCAAUAAAGCCCAGCAGGAGAGAGCCAACGAAGGCUUCCAGAGCUUCAUGGAGGAUGUGGAGAGAAUCCAGGUGUGCCUGGAUGAGGUGACCAAUCAGAGGGAAGAGGUAGUAGGGGAGGAUUAUGGUCAUGCGUUUGAGGGAGGAGCCAAGGUUGUCAGAAAUGUAGGUAAAAUUGGCCAAGGCAUAUAUGACCUUGUGGACGGCCUUGAUGACGUAGGGAUGGCGGUAGCCCGUGGGCCAGCCACCCUCUCCAAGGCCGCCAGGGCUGGGUUCAUCGGCCUCAACGCUGUGUUCCUCGGUUUAGACAUCUUCCUCAUCUGCAAGGACAGCAUCAGUUUAGCCAAAGGGGACAAGAGCGCCAUCUCCCAGUUCAUCAGGGCCAGGGCUGCCCUCCUGCGCUCGAUGCUCAACACGUGGCAGACGAUGCGCAAGGCCCUGCGCUGUGGGCUGCUGGAGUCCAAACGGGGCCGCAGUUUACUGGAGCAGCCUUUUUUUGCAGUCUGAUCAGUGCCUCUUUAAGUUACACCCAGUGCUUCAUAGCCUUUGAGGAACAAAGAAGUACACAGAUGAACAAGGAAACAAGGAAAGUUUAUCUCAAGUCCAUCAUAGUUGUGAUGUUUGUGGGUUGCUUUUGUUUUUUCCUUUUGUGGAAAAAAACCCUGAUUCUGUAAACCAGGGAAAAAGUAGAAAGAAGGAAAACACAACUGCAAUAGGCCUACGAUAAAUAUAUGUUAGUGCUUUUCCGCACGCUUAAAGAAAUAACCAAAUAAAGA